AUGAGUUCAAUAGCCUGCUGCAAAAACAUCCUUCUCCUUCACCUCCUACUGCCAUGGCUGCUCCUGCCUCAUCUGAGAAGUACAGCUGCAGACAUUCCAACUGACACGCUCGACAAGGCUCGAAACAUGACGGACGGCAAGAGGCUCGUCUCGGAUGGCGGGUCGUUCACCCUGGGCUUUUUCUCCCCGGGGGUGUCCACCAUGAGGUACCUUGGCGUAUGGUUCUCCGUGUCCGAGGACGCCGUCUGCUGGGUGGCCAACCGCGACCGCCCUCUCACGGACACCACCGGGGUGCUGGCCAUCACCGACACCGGGAGCCUCCUCCUGCUCGACGGCUCCGGCCGAGUGGUCUGGUCCUCCAACACGACGACGGCCGCCGCGCCUGGGUCGUCCCCAGUGGCGCGGUUGCUCGAGACGGGCAAUCUAGUUGUCGCUGGCCGUGGCAGUGGUGCCGUCGUCGUGUGGCAGUCGUUCGACCACCCAUCCAACACCCUGCUCCCCACCAUGAAGAUCGGGAAGAACCUGUGGACCGGGCACGAGUGGUACCUCUCGUCGUGGAGCUCCGCCGGCGACCCUUCCACGGGGAACUACCGGUACGCCACGGACACGAAGAGCGGCGCGCCGUUGGACGUCCUCUGGUACGGCACCGAGAAGCGGUACCGCACGGGGCCGUGGAACGGGCGUUGGUUCAGCGGAAUCCCGGAGAUGGGGACGUACUCCGACAUGUUCACCUACCGGAUGACGAUCAGCCCAGGCGAGGUCACCUACAGCUACGUCGCCAAGGACGCCGGGGUGCCCUUCUCCCGGAUCGUGCUCACGGACGUCGGCGUGGUGCAGCGCCUGGUGUGGGACCCCAGCACACGCUCGUGGAAGACCUUCUUCCAGGGGCCAAGGGACCUCUGCGACAGCUACGGCAGGUGCGGGGCGUUCGGCGUGUGCGACGCCGGCGCGGCGUCGACGUCGUUCUGCAGCUGCGCCAGGGGGUUCAGCCCGGCGUCGCCGUCGGCGUGGCAGAUGAGGGACAACUCCGGGGGAUGCCGGCGGAACGCGUCGCUGGACUGCGGGAGCGGGAGCGGGACCACCACGGACGGCUUCGUCGUGGUCCGCGGGGUGAAGCUCCCCGACGCGCAUAACGCGACGGUGGACGUGCGCAUCACGCUGGAACAGUGCAGGGCGCGGUGCCUGGCCAACUGCUCUUGCGUGGCCUACGCCCCGGCCGACGUCGGAGGAGGAGCCACCGGGAGUGGCUGCAUCAUCUGGAUGGAAGACCUCGUCGAUCUGCGCUACGUGGAUGGAGGGCAAGAUCUCUACGUGAGGUCGGCAAAGUCGGAAUUAGAUGAGGAUAGGAGCCGAAAGUUUCCUUUCGCAAAAAUUGUCACACCAGUACUGUCUUUCAUGUUUAUCAUCAUACUGGUCCUUGCAAUUUGGGUGUGGAGAAGAAAACACAAAAGCUCAGAAGGUAUCCCUCAGAAUCCUGCUACAACAGCUCGCCCGGUUAGGCUGCGUAUUGUAAAGGCGGCCACAGCAAAUUUCUCUCAGGAUAACAUGGUUGGCCAAGGAGGAUUUGGUGUAGUUUACAAGGGUAUAUUACCCGAUGAGAGAAUGAUUGCGGUGAAACGGCUAAACCAAUCAGCCCUCACCAAGAAAGGCGAGCAGGAUUUCAUAAGAGAAGUGGAGGUGAUGGCCGAGCUCAGGCAUGGCAACCUUCUCCCUCUUCUUGCCUACUGCAGUGCACACCGUGAGCGUGUGCUAAUAUAUGAGUACAUGCGGAAAGGGAGUCUGGACCGCUACAUAUUUGGUGAGCCUGCCCUCCGUCGUAUGCUCAACUGGAGACAGAGAUUGGAUAUCAUUCAGGGCAUUGCCCAUGGCGUCAAGUACUUGCACGAGGAAUUAAGCGAAAUCAGCGUCAUCCACAGGGAUCUGAAGCCUCCAAACGUACUGUUGGAUGAUAAUUUCAGGCCCAGGAUUUCGGACUUCGGCACCGCGAAGUUGUUCGUCGAAGACCCGGAUCAGCCAGACCCUUCCGUUCUCACAAUUGUUAGGUCACCGGGAUACGAUUCCCCGGAGUAUUUGCAGGGGGAUAUGACACUGAAGUGCGAUGUUUAUAGCUUUGGUGUUAUUCUUCUUGAAACUCUGAGUGGACAAAGGAACGGUCCCAUGCGUAGUCUUCUUCCGCAUGCCUGGGAGCUGUGGAAUCGGGGCAGGGCACUGUCCCUUCUUGACCCGAUGGUGGAGCCUUCUCCCGAGAUGGAAGCCGCCGCCGCGGCUGGUUCCGAGAUAGAAGAAGAAGAAGCCCCCCCUGCGCGUAAUUCCGAGAUAGCGGGUGAACUGGCGAGGUGCGUGCAGAUCGGCCUGCUCUGCGUGCAGGACGCGAAGGAGCGCAGGCCGGCCAUGUCCACGGUCGUGGCGAUGCUGAGCAGCCCGAGCUCCCUGAUCGAUCGGCCACAGAGGCCAGAGAUUCAUGGCGGCAGAGCCAGGCCCCCGCUGCGCGUGUCGGAACCGCUGGACGCCACCACCACCACUCCGGCCGAUGCCACGUAG